CAGGAGGAAGAGGAGGACAGGAGUGGACACUGGUUUCCCCUUAAAACAAAAUGCAGACAAUACGGACGUUAUUCUGUUUAAAGAGCUAGCUUUAAUAUAUCCAUCGCAUUAGUUUCUCAUGUGUUUAUUGUCACAGUAAGAAUGUUGGAUGAGUGUGGCUCUCGAGGCCUCUCAGUGCCGCUCGAGGCAACAUGAGGACUAGAAGCAGUGCUGGAGUAUCUUCUAUGUGGAGCAACAGGGGGGAUUUUUAGGUGUCAGGAAGCCGAGGAGUCACCAAGAUGCUGCAGCUGGAGCAGCUACUGAGGACUUCAGCCUCUCCUCUAGCCAGGAAGCCAGCACUGCAGCCCUGCCGUCAGCAGCAUGGACUGCUACACGCCCCAACCCAAUCGUCGUCACAACCCCGUGGACAGCAUCUGCCGCAAACUGCAGACCAUCCAGUGGCGCGGUGACCGAGAGCCCAAUUCACCUUUCCAGAUUCCCAAACUCUCCUCCAGCAACUACGACAGCCCGCAGAGUGGCCUCAGGCACAACCUGGAAACCAUCCUGAAGAAAGGGACCCUGCACAGAGACGAGGGCGAGAGGGGAAAGGACAGAGGGAUGGGGUCAGCGGCCUCCCAGCGGAGAGACCUGGGUCCCUCCGUGCGUCCAUCGUGCAUCCCCUCCAGGCCAUCGUGCAUCCCCUCCACGCCAACUAACAUCACAUACACUAUCACUAGCACUCUGGGUGAGAGGAGAGGUGCCGAUGGGAGUGAUUUAAGGCAAGUCAAGACAUGGCAGGGGUAUUGUUCGACGCCCACAGGCCAGUCCAAAGACACCCCUUACUUUACGUUCACUCGAGGACCCCAGUCGGUGCAGCCCGAGAGCGAGAGGCCGAGCAGGAGCCCGCCUCUGAGUCGUACGUUCACCCCAAACAUGAGCACCUUCUCCUACAACCUCAACUUCUGCUCAGGGGACUUGGCGAACUCAACGGAGUGUGAGCUGCCCUACCCAGCUCUGGUUGUGAAGAGACUGUCUAUGGGAGAUGGAGGAUCCUCAGUGGCCUCUGAAAACAGGAAGGAGAACAUGGCAGAAAUCAGCCUAAUCUGCGAGGAGAAUCUGCUCGAUACCAUCUUCCAUGCCUGUGACACCCAGCGCCGAGGUAAAGUGUACGUGUCUCACAUCGUGGACUACCUGCGGCACACCACCAGUCGCAGCUCAGAAGACAGCGGGCUGGAUGACCUUUGCAACAUGCUCGAUCCAGAAAACAAAGACGUCUCCAUUGACCUGGAUACGUACCACGCCGUCAUGAAGGAGUGGAUCGAUGACUGCCGCAACAACGGGGAAGAGCUAACAGAUGACGUCACUCAGGACUCCGUCAAACUCAGAGACGGCCUAUCUGCCAGGAGGUCCACGUUGCUCAAUAUGACCUCAGGGAGCUUGGAGGCCUUUGGAGGGGAGGCAUCCAGAGCAGAAUUUGAGACAUCAGAGCUGGUGUAUUGUGUUGCUGACCUUCAGAUGAGCAACCAGAAGCUCCAGGAGGAGGUGAGGAAGCUGAAGCAGGUGGUGGAGGGCAUGGAGGAAAGCAACCAGAAGCUGGCAGAGGAGAACGAGGAGCUGCGCACUCAGGCCAGAGUUAACCAGCAGCUGGCCCAGAAGGAGAAGAUGCUGAAGGAGGAGGUGGAGGACAUGAAGGCCACUCUGAGCUGUACGGAGGAAGGCAGAGCUCGCGCCUCCGCACACUGUAAACAUGUGGAGAGGGAAAACCAGAGUCUCAUCGCCAAGAUUGCUUCUCUUCAGGAAGAGAACUUCAAGGUCACCAUGGAGACGGACGAGCUUCAGAGGAGAAUAACAGAGCUGUGUGACAUUAACACUGACCUUCAGGUGCAAAUCCACUCCUAUGAUGGCGUCGUUAGUGAAAAGGAAGCUGUUAUACUAGAGAAGAGCAGACAGAUAAAUGAGCUGAAGUCAACAGUGGAGGAAUACUCCUGCAUCACAGAGGUGCUGAGGGCAGACAAGAGCAAGCUGGAGAGCAAGAUGCAGAUGAUUUACCCAGACCUUUCUGGAGCUGGUCUGUCCCUGUCGGCGGCCUACAGGUUGAACCAGAGCAGCUCAGGAUCCCUACAGACCGAACUGGCUCUGGCACAGUCGCCACUGGAGGCUGACCAUUUGUCCACCACUAUGAGCUUCGUCUCCCCGUUGGAUGAGACGCUGGACAGGGAAGUGUUGCUGAUGCUGCAGGGACCCAACCCCGAACACAUGGCUCUGGAGUUCAAGAACCUCCUACAUAAACUGAAAAAGGAUUUCAGAGAAGAAACCAACUCUGUCUUGUCUACAGCUAGAGGCUUGCUGGACGGCGACGCACAGCCAGCGGGCAACACAGACACCCGUCUCCAGGCGGUGCAGGCCGAGCUGGACGCGAGGAGGGCCGACUGGGCCCUCAGCCUGGACCAGCUUGCCCAGUACACGGACUCGCUGGAGAAGGAGCUGAUCAAAAUGGCCAGUAACAUGAGGAGGUCCCGCACUGAGAUCCUGCACCUUUCAGUCAGGGUGCAGGAGCAGGAGAACCAGAAGCGGCAGCUGUGUGAGGAGCUGGAGCAGCUAAAGACACCUCAGGACAGCAGAGAGGCCUCAUGUCAGACACCUGCACUAGAAGACGAGCCUGGAGAUGACUUGGACUGGGACGAGGAGUUCGCCCUUCAAGACUUCCUGAAAAACGAGUUAGCAGAGAGGAAUUGCAGAGAACAGGGCGGGCGAACGGACAGAGGUGAAGAGGAGGACGUGGAUGAGAAGUGGACAGUGGUGGACACAGCUGGAGAGGGAGAAGCGAGGGACACGUCCACUCCUCUGUCUGCACAUUCUGGGGAGUCCCGGCCCGGGCACGGUGCAGCAGGAGGGGAUCAAGGCGCCGAAGCCUGCACUGAGUCAGAGCCAAAGGUGAACUGUCAGUCUGUGCAGGAGGAGGCAGCAGUGCCAUUGAGCACCCACUCACAAGCUGUCAGCAUUACACACCCCGAGGCGGAUGCUCUCCCUGAUCUGCCCCACUCCGAGAACAACAAUGCAGAGUCUCCCUCCUGUGGUCCAGCCCAAAGUCUGAGCAACUCACCUGAACAGGACCAAGCAGUCACACAUAGUAACACCCCUCCCACAGCAGCCCAGAUGGUCGCUCCCAACAGCACAUCACCUGGACAAGAUGACACCAUUACCCAGACUGAGAGCAGCCAGCCAACCAGUGAGGACCACAGGAGAGAAGAAGAGAAAGAAGGCAAGGCGGACUGGACCGCAGGAGCCAUGAGUCGCACUAAGAGCCUGAGUCGGGACCAGUCGGUAGACAGAUCAGCAGCAGAGGACAGCACGUGUCUGCUACCUGUGUUGGUUGAAGAGGAGGAGAGUGUGCAGGACAGUACAGCCGAGGUGCCUACAGUAGCCACCAGCAUGGAAGGGACGGACCGGCUCACCAGCAGCAGCACAGCGACCACCUUCUCUGACAGCAGCUCUCCUCGGUCAGGCUCGUCCAUCACGCAUGCCAGCCAAUCGGGGAGCGGCAUGGGCAGCGCGACCUCUGACCCCAGCCAAUCGGAGGAUAGUGCAGCCAAAAAGGAGUCCCUACCCUUCGGUGGCAAAAAUAAGAGGGAACUGGAGCUGACACGCAGCAUGGAGGCCAUCGAGGAGCAGAAGGUUCAGGAGGACCAGAGUGAGACCAGCGGGGCCACUGAGAAGGAAUCUGAGACGUCAAUGAAGUCAGACCCCUCCAAAGUGGAUAAGAACACCAUGUCCCCUAAUGACAAGGAGGUCGAGGCGGAGUUCCAGCGUCUGGCAUUGGGCUUCAAGUGCGACAUGUUCACCCUGGAGAAGAGACUACGGCUGGAGGAGAGGUCACGUGACCUGGCUGAGGAGAACGUCCGCAGGGAGGUGUCCAGCUGCCAGGGCUUACUGCAGGCUCUGACUCCUCUGUGUGAGGACGAAAACCAGUCCAUGGAGAUCAUCCUGAGGCUCCAGAAGAACCUGGACAUCCUCAUCCAGUCCAUGACCAGGGUGUCCAGUCGCUCUGAGAUGCUAGGAGCUAUUCACCAGGAGAGUCGUAUUGGUAAGGCUGUAGAGGUGAUGAUCCAACAUGUGGAGAACCUGAGGAGGAUGUACACCAAAGAGCAUGCCGAGCUUCUGGAGCUCAGAGAGGCGCUCAUGCAGAACGAGAGGUCGUUUGGAUCGCAGACUGAAAGAGGUAGCGAACGGUUCCAUAAAGAUGACUUCCGUGGCAAGAAGCAGACAACACAGUACUACAAGUCGUCAACCCGGCGGGUCAGCAUAGCAGCAAUCCCCCGCUCUGGUGGAGGCAACAUGCACUUUGACAUGUCCAAAACACAAGACUGCUCAGAGGCUGAAAUGGAGAGACUGACCAGGCGAUCCCCAUGGAAUGUGGGAGGGAAGAACCCUGCGCGCCCUCCACUAAAGCGCUUUGUUAGCUCUGCAGCCUGGGUUGAAACUGAAGAGCCUUCUCUCAUGAUGAAGGGGACGCCCUACGACUACACCGACGGCCAGUUGGAGGAUGAGCAGAAGGAGGAGCUGGUGGCAGAGAGGAGGAGGUCCAGUCUCAGUGAGCUGGGCAUCAAACUCACCUCCCUCAUUCUGCCCCUCAAGACGAGUCAGGAUGAGCUGUUUGUAAUGCUUCCGAGCCCUUCCUCCAGCCCUACAUCCACAGACCAAGGAAUGAGCCAGACUCUGUCCCACAGCCUGACCUCUUCCCGGACGGCCGCAGCAGAAGCGGUAGCCAGAGGCAGCAGGGGUCUCUGGCUUUGGUUGGCGAUGGUGGUGGUGCUAGCAGGUCUCCUGGCGCUGCUGGCCAGCCUGGUGAUGCAGCCAGCGGUAGAUGCGGCCCCUGUGGGGACCGGAGACUCCUGGAUGACCAUCCAGCAGCUGCUGUGGCCCUACACCGGGCUCCGGCACAACGGACAGCCCCCCGUCUAGCCCCCUGAGACCCGGGGAUGGAUGGCGUUACAGCCCAUCGGCCCUCUGCAGAAAUGAUCUGUGCACUGGGGUGGUGGUGAGGAAAGUACAGAGCACCACUCCUGAGCGGAGGCUGUCGGGAUGUUUACUGGUGCCUGAAGAUUCCUAAAACAAGACUCGCAUUGACAGCACAGGCUUCAGGGGUUAGUUAACCCUGUGGAGGAUUUUAUGCAUCACAUCACGUUUGCUAAUAGUUAGUCUUUGUGUGUGUGUGUAUGCGUGUGUCAGUGUUUUUAAGAGAAGAAGCAGUUACAGGUGGUGGAAAUCAACAUCCUCAACACAUCAUGAUGCAGUUUUCCUGUCAGUGCUGCUGGGACCCAACACAAUCUGUCAAAUCAGGUUUAAUCGGUCAUCAGAGCUGGUACAACGUUGACCAAUCAUGUCACAGCUUCAUCAGAAUGACGGCACUGAUCCACCAAAUCACACAAUGGGCCGCUGUGCAGUUUUCCAUUGACGAACAUCAUGGACGAUGGCUCCAAAUGUGCCACAUUGCUUUUUAAACCCAUUUCAUGCACUUGGACUGCCAGCCUUUUUUUUUUUUGGACAUUUUAUAACUUUUAAGUCUAUAAACACUGGUAAUAAAACUUUAAUUUUAAGUGUUUUGAAAUGUAUAUUUAUGAGUUUGUUCAUUUUGAGUGGGGAUAUGUGAAUAUCUGUUUAUUUUUGUUAAGUUAUAAUUCUACAUUGUUACAGUCUUAACACCAAAGGUUUCUUUUUUUUUAUUUUCCUCUUUACGUUCUUGCUGUGGUUGUCACCGUUUUUCAUCUUCAUACUCUUUUGUAUGUUCCAAAGAAGAUGCGUGAAACUUUGCACAAAUAAAGUAGCCUAUUCUACAAUA